AUGUUUCGUUUGGCAUUGGCUGUUGGAUUAACAUUGGUCGGAAUUUGUUUCGCGGGAAUUGUUCCGGAACAAUAUUCGGAAAAGGCUGGUCGAGUCGUCGGAGGUUCCAAUGCCGUUUUAGGACAAUUUCCGUACCAAGCUUCGAUCCUGGGAGUAUUGGGUAGAACUGAUGGUGCUAAUCACGAAGUGAUUGAAAUACUCAAUCAUCCUGAGUACAAUCCACUGUUUCUGGAUAAUGAUAUCUCUCUGAUUCUUUUGACUACACCACUGACAUUCGGCCCCAAUGUUGCCGCCGUCCAGCUGUCGAAUCAGCAUAUCACUCAAGGAACUGCCAUUAUUUCCGGCUGGGGCCAAACAUCGCAUCCUGGUUUUCCGGCUGAUGAAUUACAGUUUGUCAGCAAACCAAUAGUGGAUAACGACGAGUGCCGAGCCAGACACUUGAACAUCAACGCUGCGAUGAUCCGGGACAACAACCUUUGUGCCGGAGGGAUAGACGCCCAACUAAAUGGAUCAAUUGCUGGACCGGAUAAAGAAAGUCCUAACCGAUCUUCCAAAAGUAAUAGCGAGGCUCCAAUGUGA